AUGUCACGAAGAUCGAAACAACAAAUUAAUGACUUGUUUGUCACUGUUUAUCGCGUUCUCAAUAGUAAUUUAACUUACUCUAUAUAAAACGAGGUUAAUACUAAAAUCAAUUAGUUCUCAAACAGCAUCCGACAAACCGACACCAUGGCCCGGGACUUAACUGACAAAGUUGUUGUGAUAACCGGCGGAGCAGAGGGCAUCGGUUACGAAAUUGCCGACAAUUAUCUUCAAAAAGGGGCCAAAAUCACCAUCCUUCUCGACAUAAACGAAACUCUCGGUGCUGAAGCUGUAAAGAAACUUACAGCUAAACAUGGAAACAACAAGGCAGCGUUCCUCAGGUGCGAUGUCACAGAAGACAUGAAAACCGUUUCCAAGUGGAUUUUUGACAGCUACAAAGUGGACAUUCUCGUCAACAACGCUGGGAUACUCAACGAUCGUGCAGUCAAGAAAACUAUCGACAUCAACGUCACUGCAGUUGCUGAGUGGGGAUUAACCUUCUGGGACCACAUGAGGAAAGACAAAGGAGGAAAUGGUGGUACGAUCAUCAACCUAGCUUCAAUAUACGGCUACAGAGUAGACCAGUUCCUGCCAGUAUACCAAGCUUCGAAGUUCGCGGUUAUGGGAUUCACGAAGUCUUUGGGACAUGUAGCCAACUUUGAAAGGACUGGUGUGCGAGUAAUAGCCAUAUGUCCUGGUUUUACUGAAACUAAGUUGACCGAUCAGCCUGCCACGUGGGAAAUGGGCCAAGACAAUGAGUUCGGCAAGUUCCUCAAAGCACAACUAUGGCAGAAAGUGGAAGCUGUGGGUAAAGCUGCCGUGGACAUCUACCAGAAGGCCAACAGUGGAACCGCUUGGCUCAUUGAAGGUGGAAAGCCCAUAGUAGAAGUGGCUAAAUAAUGUGUCUAACAUUUACUAACUUAUACUUUGUUAAAUAGGUGUCAUAAUUUAUUAAAGUUCGUUUUGCUUA